AUGUUCCGCCGGACAAGUCGGUGCCUCGUUGAAGUGGGUGAUACCUGUGUCCCCAACAACUUUGUGCACGCUACCGAUCUGGCCUUCUAUUUUUCCAGGUUUCAACCCCGAUCUCACCUCCAUCCGCACGGUAUCCCUGAACUUCGCGAUGCAGUGGAGCUGCUCCAACCUCCCGAAGGGAAACCUUGUAGCAGAUGGUCGGCGCCUCGUUUGUUUUCCCCUGCUGCACUGGCAGCACCUGCUGCAGUGGCGGAGUGGAAAAAAAAACGUGAGAAGGCGAUGAUGUUAUUGUCCCGUGGUGAAGAGAUCAUGGAAAAUGUAAGCGGUGUGAGGAGUGCCGCUGUGGCGGACGUUGUCCGGCCGCUGUACGCAACAAAAUUUGAGCUCCUCAACGGUUUGGAGCAUCUACCGCGGUCGGAGUUCGCGACGCGGAUUGAUGUGCACCGAUUUAUUGUAAAGCAUGCCGGACGACUUUUAUACUUUAACGAUAGUUGGGAUAAAUCAGAUGUGAAGCAUCUGGACACAACUUGUGUUAUUCUAGCGCACUUUAUUCGGUCUUUUUGCGCCCUUCACCAGCGACCAUUUCACGUAAAGCAGGCAAAUGUUAGUGACUCCAAGGCAGAUCGAAAUCCCUCUUCCUGGACCAUGGCGGUAGUUGGUGGAGAAUCUGGUGACGCAAUGAUUAGCUUACAAACUGUGAUGGAUCGCUUGGACGAACUGCUGGCGCUGAGUGAGAAAAUAACCGAGAGGCAAAUGGGUGAGAUGCCCGAGCUUCGCUGGAAUAAACCAAAGUUGCUGUUACUGAAAGGGACCCUUACGAUCCCCCUCACAGGUAAUCUGACGCAUGCUCAAGAACUCGUUAAUCAAGCCGCUAAAACGGUGUAUGAGUUUCACCAAAGGAAGAAACCGAUUGUAGACGGUCUUGUUGCUCGCAAACAGGAGCACGAGUUGGGUCUGUUCAUGCUGGUUCAGGCUGAAAUGGCGGCGCGAGUUUUUGAUUGGACCAUUAACACUGGGGAAGUAGAUAUGGAAGUCGUUGAGAUGUUCGAAGCGGCGGCUAAGUUUUAUUCCUUUCCAUGCAAUACACCGUUGGAUGCCGACGGCAUCAUGUCGGCGGAGUUGCUUGACGAACGGCGCUUUGAAGUGGAUGCGUACACUUCGUGCAUGCUGAGUUUUGGUAACUUCCUUCUUGGUGCGCCCAGACCCGCCGCUAAAACCCGUCGCGAUGCACCGGUAUUCCUUCCCAAGCAGCUAUUUACUAUUUCACCCAUAACAACUGUGGCAUCAUCGUCCGAUCUUAUUUACGCGGAUGUGCAACGUCGUGCACCCAUGACAGUGGAAGUCGCUCGUAAGCGCGCAGGCGAGGCGCUUGAACGGGGCUUAAAGUUGAAUCGAGAGCUUUAUCCUGACCAGAAGCAGAAUCCCAAGGCUGGGUGGACGCUGUUAGCAAUGGCAUCGUUGUACGCAGAUAUGCGUGAUUAUUUAUAUGCUACUGGCCUCUUCGCCUCUGCAGAGAAGACCGUUAUAGAAAAUUACGGCGGUGUAUCGUUGGAGCGACUUCUUGUUUCCAAAUUGCGCUAUGAAUUUUUAGCGGGGGUUGGGUCUGAAGAGGAGGCGAAGGCAUCAGCGCACGAAAUCGUGCAACUCCUCAAACAAAUGGACAACAUGCCGCAUGGAUAG